CAGAACUACUGUGAGAUCUUGCGCUGCUCACUCUUUUCACGUUGACUGAAGCCUUGUAAACCCGCCAUUUGACAUUCUGAGUGCUAAAGUGCCUGUACCAAAUGCAGCCUCGGAGGGUUGGAGAUGAGCCGCGGCUUUCCCACUCCAGUGGGGAUCUGUGCCUAUGAUUCUGUCAUUUCAGCCGUAGACUUUUCAACUACCUAUACUUCUCUGUGUUCUUCCUUUCAAGUGCACUGGUCAUGUUGGCGCGGUCUCUUUAUCGUCAAGCUGCGCGGGCGCGCUUGAACCCGCUGAAUCAGUCCGUCUGUCGCAGGCAUGCCUCUACCCCAGCAGCCUUCCAAUGGCAGGACCCUCUGAACCUGUCCAACUUCCUGACCGAGGAGGAGCAGGCGAUUCAAGAAACAGCACACUCCUGCUGUCAGGAGCGCCUACUGCCGCGAGUCCUCGAGGCAUACCGUCAAGAGGACUAUGACAAGACUAUCUUGCAGGAGAUGGGAGAGCUCGGGCUACUAGGUGCGACGAUCAAAGGCUAUGGCUGCGCUGGUGUCUCCAGCGUCGCCUCAGGGCUGAUAACAAGGGAGGUGGAAAGGGUAGAUUCAGGCUACCGAUCAGGAAUGUCUGUUCAAUCUUCCCUUGUCAUGGGUCCGAUCGAUGAGUUCGGAACACAGGAACAGAAAGACAAAUACUUGGAAAAGCUGGGCAACGGGCAGUUAAUAGGUUGUUUUGGUUUAACAGAACCAAAUCAUGGGUCGGAUCCAGGUUCAAUGGAGACGACGGCAAAACCACACCCAUCUAAGGAAGGAUAUUACAGUCUGUCGGGCUCAAAGACCUGGAUCACGAACUCCCCGAUUGCGGACGUGCUGGUCGUGUGGGCCAAGCUUCAAGAGACAGGAAAGAUCAGAGGCUUCCUUAUAGAAAGAGAAAAGUGUCCUCCUGGCACCCUUGAGACGCCACAAUUGAAGGACAAGAACGGGCUUCGAGCGUCGAUCACCGGCAUGAUUCAGCUUGAUGAAUGUCCUGUGCCAAAGGAGAAUAUGUUCCCGGACGUUGAAGGACUCAGGGGCCCAUUUGCGUGCUUGAACUCGGCACGAUUUGGCAUAGCUUGGGGGACAAUGGGAGCCUUGGAAGACUGCAUAACCCGGGCUCGAGAAUAUGCCUUGGAAAGGAGACAGUUCAAGAACAAUCCGAUCGCAAAAUAUCAGCUCGUACAGAAAAAGCUUGCGGAUGCAACAACGGAUGUCGCAUACGGGCUCGCUGCAGCAUACCAGGUUGGCAGGCUGAAGGAUGAAGGCAAAGCCGCCCCAGAAAUGAUCUCUAUGAUCAAGAGACAAAAUUGUGACCGGGCCCUGGUAAACGCUCGCCACUUGCAGGAAAUCUUUGGUGGAAACGCUGUCAGCGACGAAUACCACAUUGGCCGUCAUGUGGCGAACCUCUUUGUCACUCAAACAUAUGAAGGACAAAGCGAUAUCCAUGCCUUGAUCUUGGGAAGGGCAAUCACUGGCAUUCAAGCAUUUGUAUAGGCGCCAGGCCCAGCAGGAAAGAAGGAUGGCACCACCAUGAAAAGAGCCGCAAUAUAUCAAGGAUUUUCUACGGAGAGCCCUAGCUUAGAAAAGCCGUCGUCCAUUGAUUAGGCUCUCGGAACCAUAUGUUUCAUUCGUCUGUACAUAGUAGUCCAUUGCACUGCAUCCUGGAGAAAACGUGGUGUAUCACUGAUCCACCCACCAGAAGCGGUAAGAAGCCUGAGUUGAGGACAGCGGAAGGGCGGAAGACAAAAGAAAGUGAAUGUCAAUCUGUUUGUACCGUGCUACUUGCAC